CCAUCACAAGUUUCACUUUACGGUCACUUCCCUGAAACCCUCGCCGGCGACUUGAUCGGAGAUUCUCAUUUUUUUUCUCAAAUCUUUGGGAGCGAAGCAUAAUCUCUUUAAUGGGGAUCGAGAUAGUAGGUCGAAUUGAUAAAAUCAAUGGUAAAGAGCUGAGCUACAAGGACUUUGCGGAGAGAUACUUAGCCAAGAGCCAGCCGGUGGUAAUCUCCGAUCUCACCGAAGAUUGGCGAGCUCGAGAAGAUUGGGUCGCUGAGAAUGGACUCCCUAAUCUCAACUUCUUCGCUACACACUUCGGAAAGUCCAGAGUUCAGGUUGCAGAUUGUGAUAGGAGAGAGUAUACUGAUCAGAAGAGACUAGAAAUGUCUGUUUUGGACUUUGUUGAGCAAUGGGCCAAAGAUUCUGUUGAGGACAAUGGAGAAAAUGAUGAUGAUGAUGAUGAUGAUGAUGAUGGAAAGUCUGUGUUGUAUCUGAAAGACUGGCACUUUGUUAAGGAGUAUCCAAACUACACAGCCUACAAGACGCCACCGUUGUUUUCAGAUGAUUGGCUUAAUAUCUAUUUAGACCAUUACCAAAUGCAUGAGGAUAGAGAGAACUUCCAGAAGUACGAUCAAAUAAGCUGCUCUGAUUAUCGCUUUGUUUAUAUGGGUGGGAAAGGGUCUUGGACACCUCUACACGCUGAUGUGUUUAGAUCUUAUAGUUGGUCAGCUAAUGUUUGCGGUAGAAAAAGAUGGCUUUUUCUUCCUCCUUCUCAAAUUCAUCUUGUUUAUGACAGGUACAUGAAAAAUUGCGUUUAUAACAUCUUUGAAGAGGUGAAUGAAACUAAGUUCCCAGGUUUUAAGGAGACCACCUGGCUUGAGUGCAUUCAAGAAUCUGGUGAUACUAUCUUUGUUCCCAGUGGAUGGCAUCAUCAAGUUUAUAACUUGGAAGAUACUAUAUCUAUAAACCACAAUUGGCUCAAUGCAUACAACCUAGCUUGUGUGUGGGAUCUACUGUGGAAGGACUACAAGGACACUGAGGAGUCAAUAGAAGACAUUAGAGACAUCUCUGAUGAUUUUGAAGCUCUCUGCCAACGUAAUCUUGCUGCCAACACAGGAAUGAAUUUGAAUGACUUCUUCAUCUUCAUGUCACGGUUUGCUUUGGGCAACAUGGUUCUACAAGAAUCUCUGAAUCCAUGUUCAUCAGCAAUGGCACAGAAUCUGGUAUUGAAUCUCUCGACUAUAAAGAAAAUGAUGAUGAAGAUGAUCUCUGCAGGCGGCGUGACUGCCAAGGAUGUGUAUCUGGACUUGAGAGAAACGCUGGAGGAUCCACAGUUUCUAAGAUUCUGCAGAGACAUGGGAAGAACAUAUAAAAUGAUUCACAAGGAAGAAGACAAUAAAGUUCUCUUUCCGGAAGAGUUCUUACUAAAGAUUAUGGGUUUUGCAGAUCAGAAGAUGCAAAUAUGUUCUCCAAAGGAUCUUGUUGAAAUGAUAGACCGUUAUAGUACUUGUUCAUCCAAUCCAUUAGCAUGAAUAUGUUUGUUUUUAUUGAUCUUCAUUACAUAUAUUUUAUAAAGAAAAAGAUUAUAUGUUUAUUUAUACACGUCCCAUGG